CUAGGCAGAAUCCGUGACAGAUACUUCGUAUCAUCCCUGAAUUUUCUGGAGUUGAAGAAAACCAAUUUGCAGUCAUCGUAUUCGAUAUCUUUAUCAAAUUUUGGAAAUUCUCAUUAAAAAGAGAACAAACUAUAUACGCUCAUACAUCUCCAGAUUUUCCUGCAGGCAAGAAACGAUUUAUUGUUCGACGUGUCAAAUUCAAGAAGAAGAAGCAAUGACUAUUAAAAUGAAUCUGAAGGAUAAACUGGAAGACAAUGUUCUGGAUCUUAGUUUGUGCGACUUGGAAGAGGUUCCUGUAAAAGAAAUUGCAGAGAUAAAAAAGGCAUCUCACCUCGAUCUGUCCAAUAAUCUGUUGACUUCCUUGCCAAACAAUUUCAUAUUGUUGACUCAUGUCGUCAAAUUGGAUCUCAGUAAGAACAUGUUGACCGAACUCCCUGAAAAUUUCGGAGAACUGCGACAUUUGAAACAUUUGGAUUUGUACAGUAACCAGAUAAGCAGACUUCCGCUCAGUUUUGGAGAAAUGAAGAAACUGACUUGGCUAGAUUUAAAGGGAAAUCCACUAUCACCUGCAGUUGCUACAGUUGCUGGUCCCUGUAGUAACGCCAGCGAGUGCCAAGCAUGUGCUCGCAGUAUUGUGGCCUGCAUGUCAAAGGUUAAACAAGAGAUCGACACAGAAAAGCAACGACGAUUACAAGUUACUCCAGCUGAUACCGACAAAGACGCAGCUCCACCGAAGAAGGAAAAAAAGAAAAAGAAGAAAAAGAAUGCAGAUAAAGAAGAGAAGCAGCGAAUCGAAAAAGAAAAAUCAGUUGCUCAGAAGAAUGACAUCGAAAGCAAAGAAGUCAAUGCCAGUACAACAAAAUCAGCCCAUGAAACAACAGAACGUACGGCCGAAUUAAACCCAGAAAAGGCCAGCGUAAUGGGAAAAGUGUUUCGAUUUAUCUAUGGGCUUCUAAGCUCCGUUAUUAUCUUCGGAAUCGUUUUGGCGUUCGCCAUAGCAAUCUUGCCACUAUAUGAUCGAAAGAAGUCCGAUGAAAUUGUGUCGUAUUUGGAGCAGCAGACUAGUCUUCCCGUAAAGUAUUAUCAAGAAAUAGGGACUCGACACUUAAAGGUGCAAAUGGAUAAUCUGAUUAUAUGGUCAGACAAGGUGCAAACAUUCAUAAGAGACACGCAUUCUCGCUACGUCGUGAAAGCAUUUUCCAAAUCGGAAAAGGAUCUUUAAAGGAAACUCCCGUCAUACAGACGAACCACGGUACUAUACCUUCGGCCCGUUUAGAACGAUUCAUUGAUAAGGAAUGCGGCCCGUUUAUAAAGGUUCAUUGAUGAGGAAUGGGGCCCGUUUAUAAAGGUUCAUUCACAUGAAGUGCUGGAAACAAUAAUGGAACCUCAGGUGAAUUCGCGCGUUGGAGUGUCGAAGGUCAAGUUGUGCAUUUUAAUUUAAGACGUCGUGACUGUAAUUGUAUAUUAAAUAUCGAGUCGUUACAAUGAGAUUAUCGAUGUAAUACCUUCAGUUCUCGUCGAGAUUCGAGUAUAACGGUAACUGACGUAAGGAUAUAACUAUAAUUGUUAAAAUAAAAGUACUUACAAUA